CUCUGGGUACCACUCGGCAUCAUGCUGUCCCCGGAGGCGGAGCGAGUGUUGCGCUACCUGGCGGAGGUGGAGGAGCUCGCCGAGGACGUGCUGGCCGACAAGCAGCAGAUCGUGGACCUGGACACCAAACGGAAUCAGAACCGGGAGGGUCUGCGGGCCCUGCAGCGGGAUCUCAGCCUCUCCGAAGAUGUGGCGGUUUGCUUCGGGAACAUGUUUAUCAAGAUGUCUCACCCGGAGACAAAGGAAAUGCUCGAGAAAGAUCAGGAACAUCUGAAUAAAGAAAUUGACAAAAUCCGGAAACGCCUGAAAGUGAAGGUCAACCGCCUCUUUGAGGCCCAAGGCAAGCCAGAGCUGAAGGGGUUUAAUCUGACGCCCCUCAACCAAGAUGAGCUCAAAGCCAUCAAGGUCAUCUUGAAAGGAUGAAGCUCAAGACCGAGGAUGGGGAACCUCGGACCAUCAUCCCCGCUGAGGUCACAGAGGACCCUGGACUCUCAAGCUUGGAACCCUGCGAGUGGACUGGUGGAAGCCGGGUUCGGCUGCUGCCCUGGCUGGACACAAGGCCCAUUGACAGGCCCGCCAGCCGCUGCCAGUGGAUGGGUGGGGGCUGCGCUGUGG